GCGAUACUCGGAGCGUCACAAAAUGGAGCUGACGCUUACCUGGCUGACCGAAUAAAAUACAGUUAGCGCGCUAUGUAAAGUUGUUUCCCCCCCCCCCCCCGGACUAUUUCUUGAUUAAGAAACACAAGAUUCAUCGAGUGAGACGCAGAACGGCGGAAAGAAGAUGUUUUGGGCGGUAUUUAUCGCCGCAGCUCUGGCGACAGAGUCGGCCAUGGCCGUGUCGGUGAGCAGCCCAGUGAAGCGCUAUGUGGUCAUCCUGUUCCAGCCUGUCACGCUCAACUGCAAUUUCCAGACCUCUGCCUCGCAGCCGCCGGUGGUCACGUGGCGCUAUAAAUCGUACUGCCGCGACCCGGUGCAGGCGGCGCUCAAUCCCAGCAGUGCCGACAACAUCCUUUCUCAGAACAACCCCAACUACGACCCCAACAUUGAGUGCGCCGAUAGCCAGCGCACGGUGCGCAUCGUGGCCUCCAAGCAGGGCACCGCUGUCACGCUUGGCAGCGAGUACCAAGGACGCAAGAUCAGCGUUAUCAACAAUGCCGAUCUGAACAUCGCGCAGACGGCGUGGGGCGACAGCGGCGUCUAUGUGUGCUCCGUCGUCUCCUCGCAGGACCUCACGGGCAAUGGAGAGGACUACACAGAGCUCAUUGUCUUGGAGAGAAAGUCAAAUACUACUGACCUGCUGCCGGGCAUUGACUUACUGGUUAUGGAAGAUUGGCUGCUUGUGGUGGUGGUGGUGCUGGGCUUCCUGCUGCUGCUGAUACUGAUUGGCAUCUGCUGGUGUCAGUGUUGUCCGCACACAUGCUGCUGCUACGUCAGCUGCCCCUGCUGCCCCGACCGAUGCUGCUGCCCGCGGGCACUGUACGAGGCGGGUAAGGCGGUGAAGAAAGGCAUGGCCAACCAGUACGCCACCACCCUCUAUGCCCCCAGCAUGUACGCCCAGCCGGCAUACAGCGGGCCGCUCGUCCAUCAACCCGCCAUGCCGCUGCUUCCUCUGCCCAAUGGCGUCGGGGUCCCACCCUCACAAAACGGGUACGGACGGGAGUAUGAUGGUGCCAGUUCUGUGGGUCAAGGCUCCCAGGUGCCUCUGCUGCGCGACCAAGAUGUCGGCGGUGGAGACCAUACUCGGAGUGGCUAUCGCAUCCAGGUGGACCCUGAAGGCAACGCCACGCGCGCCAUUUACUACAUGGAGAGAGAGCUCGCCAACUUGGAUCCGUCCAGACCUGCCAACUACAACCGCUUGGACAAUGUAAGCGAGGUGACUUCGCUGCAUGACACCUCCGACCCACGAGCCCGCGGCGGUCGUCCACAGCCGCCGCCACUCUCCACGGUGUACGAUGACGACGAGGGCAUGAGCACCAUCAGCAGUGUGUCGCAACAUGUGCACCGACGCCCAGCUGACACACCGCGCCGAGGCUACAUGGGUGACCGGGCCCGCGCCCGCUCCAUGGAGAACCUGGAUGACAUCGGGCGCCGCUACGGCCACGACGACUACCCACCACACCGACGCCCGGAUGAGCCCCGUGGCAGGAGAGGCUCUGAUGAUGAUUGGAGCAGCAGCGGCCGUGCUGGCUACGAUAGAGACGACCGCAGACGUCGCGACUACUCUCCGGAUGACUACCGACGAGGAGGAGGAGGAGGUGGCGGAGGGUACGGGGCUCUUCCUGGCAGACGCAGCCGUAGUCGCGACGACCUGAUGGACCUGGAGAUGGAGCGGCGACCCGGCGGCGGCCGGGCCAAGAGAGACGACUACGACGACAGCUUCCUGAGAGAGGCCAUGGAGAGGAAGAGGAUGGGGGAGCAGCAGAGGGCUCGCAGCCGAGACAGACUGGAGAGCGACGGGGAGCACUCGGACCGAGGGAGGGCACCGCCAUCCCGGGGUGCGCCGCCAUCCCGGGGUCCCCCACCGCUGCCUCUGAACCCACCCUCGGGACCCGGGGCUCUACCGCCGCCCUACAGCGACGACGAGAGCAUGACAUCAUCUAAGAAAAGCAACCUGCGCAAGAACGGAGCUGUGAGCCGAGAGAGCCUGGUGGUGUGAGGCGACGACAACAGAAAGCACCAAAUCCCCCUCCCCCAUAACAACCUCCUCAAAACAAGUAAAUGUUAAGGUUGUGCAGUUUUUUUUUUGUGACAAAUUUGAUGUGCUGAGUUUUUUUUUUAACUACUUAGGAACCUUAUUGCAAAUUGAAUAUAAAUGUACAUGUUUGUGCAUGAGAGUGUGAGAUGCACAAAGUGCUUUUGUGUAAUUUUACGUAUGAAACAUUGUGGCUGCCACAAGUGCCUUCAACUGUACAGAAAUAUAGAUGUUUAGUUUUAUUCACAUAAUAGUUUUAUUUAGCUGUAGACUUAGAGGGAUUUGAGGAAAUACUGUUUAGAAAACUUUUUUAUAUGUAUUUUUUACAUAAAUGUUACCAAUUUUGAACGAUGUGUUGUACAGUACACACGCCUGUGAAAAUGUUAAUUUUUGACAUGAUGAGAAACGUAUUUUACAAAUAAAACCUCUUUCCUGCUUGGCCA